AUGCUUUCAACGCGUUUUAGAGAAAGAUUUGACUAUUAUUACAGAUUACUUCAGGAUAAAUUCACUCAAGCAUACCAAUAUUUAAAUGGACAAUGGAUGAAUAAUAGGAGAAUGGGAGUGUGUACGUGUCAUCAAUUCCAUGAUUAUCAUCUACCUUGUUCCUACAUCCUGUAUACCUACACUGUGGGAUUGUUCACUGGAGAUUUACUGCAACACAGCCGAAGGUGGUCGCGGGAGUACAACUUUCAUGUUUGCAUGGAAACAGUGGAGCGCGUUCCAGAAGCCUAUGAUGCAGAUAACUAA